UUUAUUGAAAAAAAAAAAGAGUGUAUUCUGUCUUUAUCAACUGAAUCUUCGCUAAUCCAAGAAGAUAGUCUGCGCCAUCAGACAACAAAAGCGCCUCUCUCUCUCUCUCUCUCUCUCUCUCUCUCGAUCGAUUGCAGCAAAGGAAGAAGCAAAGCAUCUUCCUUUGCAUUGACGCCUCUGCCCUCUGCAUUUCAUUUGGCUAAACCUUUCCUGACAGGAUCCUCAACCCAUACUUGGCAGCCUGUCAUGACUAGUGAUAAUACAAACACUCUAACUUAUUGGUUGAACUGGAGGUUCUUCCUCUGUGCACUAUGGAUUUUGGCCGCAAUGGUUCUGGCAUCAAUUCUAAUAUGGAAAUAUGAAGGCUUCAGCAAGCAAAGACCUGACAGGAGAGAAAACCAGCGAGAAGUAGUGGGGUCUUUGUAUGAAGAUGAAGCCUGGAAGACGUGUCUCAAAGGACUCCAUCCUGGCUGGCUGCUUGCUUACAGAACAAUUUCAUUCAUUGUGCUUUUGGCAUUGCUCAUUGCUGAUGUUGUUGUCGCUGGAGGUGGCAUUUUUUACUUCUAUACUCAGUGGACAUUUUCUUUGGUCACAAUCUAUUUUGGGCUUGGGUCUUCACUCUCCAUUUAUGGUUGUUGCAAGCGCAACAAAGUUGGAGGGAAUGCAGCUUAUCAUGCAAGUUUAGAUGAAGAGCGAGGAACCUAUAUAGCCCCCACAGUAGGGGAAAGUGCAGAUAUGUCCAAUAUGUACAAGACUUCAGAUACCAGUGAAGAAUCUCACACUCACCAUACUGCGGGUGUAUGGGGUUAUAUCUUUCAAAUCAUUUUUCAGAUGUGUGCAGGUGCUGUGGUGCUCACCGAUUGCGUAUUUUGGCUCAUUCUUUAUCCCUUUCUAACAGCCAAAGAUUAUGAUUUAGAUUUUUUGAUUGUUAGUAUGCACUCAAUCAAUGCCAUUCUCCUCCUUGGUGAGACAAUUUUAAAUUGCUUGCGAUUUCCAGUGUUUCGGAUAGCAUAUUUUGUGCUUUGGACGGCUAUAUUUGUCAUUUUCCAAUGGAUCAUCCAUGCUUGUGUUUCCAUAUGGUGGCCAUAUCCAUUUCUGGACUUGUCAUCUGCGUAUGCUCCGUUAUGGUACUUUGGAGUGGGUUUGAUGCAUAUACCCUGCUAUGGCAUAUUUGCUUUAAUUGUUAGAUUGAAGCACUUGUUACUGUCAAGAUCAUUCCCGGAUGGAUAUCAGAGUAGUAGGUGAGGAAUUAGAUCAGGCAUUGCACCGCCCUGACUCAGCCAUGUCAGUAUUAGUAGGGCACUGGUUAACCGUAUACAAGGGCAAACGCCACCCUGGCCGAACCAUUUCAUAAUUCAUAUUUGAAGAUUAGUAAUUCAUUCUUCUUACUCUGAGUGAUUGCUGCAAAGGUCGUUGCUCUUUACAUCAGGUGGGGAAUGGGAAAGAAAUUGGGUAUAUAAAUAGUUGAUUCUUCUAGGAUAAAAUUCAUCAAACAUGUAUUUUUGUCUCCGCCAGAGGCGCGCAAUUGUACUAAAUAUGAUUGUGCUUGCAUAAGUCACCAAGCAUUUAAAUUUCUUACAACAAUUCAAUUAUACUUUUCCUUUU